CAUUGGAAUUGAGGAAAGACGCAUCCAGGACAUCGACUCAUAACUCGCCACUCUCAUUCGCGUUUACUAGUUCACGCUAAUUUGUGCUCCUCGACGGAUCAGCUUGGCACACAAUUCAAGCGUAGACUUUCUUUAUGUACAUUCAGGCAUCUGAAUUUACUUAUUUAACGAAAACCUCCCGUUAGAGAGGAUUAGUGUUGAGUCGAAGUGGAUUUUCACGGCUAGCCUUCAGCUACGGAAAAAAACAACAAACCCCGAGCGCGAUUAUUUAUUAUUCUGACAGGCAAAACUCUGCGUAUGAACAACCGAACAACAUUUUUUACUUUCAUGGACGACGGAAAAAAUACUUAUAAUGCUUUAUAGCCAAAGCACCUUUCAUUUGAUCGAAAAUAACCUCUCUUUUUGAGGACAUUGUCAUUUCCUCGCUAAGCUAGCAACUCCAGACAAAGAAAAGCAGCUUUCAUUGCCUCGUCACAUCUUGUCAACUUUUUUCCCCUUUUUGAGGAAGAAAGCCCGCUUUGUGAGUCUAGUUGGGUGGAAAUAAAGCAGAAAUGGCCCAUCAGAGCAGUGCUCAGGUCGCCAGCUCACAGAAAGCUUUGAUGCUGGAGAUGAAGUCUCUACAGGAGGAACCAGUGGAGGGUUUCAAGAUCACUUUAGUGGAUGAAGCCGAUCUCUACAACUGGGAAGUGGCGAUUUUCGGACCCCCAAACACUCACUAUGAAGGGGGCUAUUUCAAGGCUCGCAUCAAGUUCCCAAUUGAUUACCCCUAUUCCCCGCCCACUUUCAGAUUCCUCACCAAGAUGUGGCACCCCAACAUCUAUGAGAACGGGGACGUGUGUAUCUCCAUUCUGCAUCCGCCAGUAGAUGAUCCACAGAGCGGAGAGCUUCCCUCCGAGAGGUGGAACCCCACACAGAACGUCAGAACUAUCCUGCUGAGUGUCAUCUCUCUGCUGAACGAACCCAACACGUUUUCUCCAGCCAACGUGGACGCCUCCGUCAUGUACCGCAAAUGGAGAGAGAGCAAAGGAAAAGACCGGGAAUACGCAGAAAUCAUCAGAAAACAGGUUCUGGCCACUAAAGCUGAGGCGGAACGGGACGGAGUAAAAGUUCCCACCACCCUGGCGGAGUACUGCGUUCGCACACGCGCCCCUGCACUGGACGAGGGGUCCGACCUGUUAUACGACGAUUACUAUGAUGAUGAGGACUUGGAGGAUGAGGAUGGCGAGGACUGUUGCUAUGACGAGGAUGACUCAGGAAACGAGGAAUCAUGACAACAUUAGCAUCUUCACUCUCGUCUUCAUCAGCAUCACCCCGAAAGAGGAAACGUUAAGGCAUGCGCCCUGCAUUUACACUCACUCAGAUGGCCAAUUCUGUUUCCUUAAAGGACUGAAAUUAGAUUUCUUUUUUCUUUUUAAAUCAGAAUUAUGUUGUUUUCUCUCGGUGUCAUAAUUGUGCUGGCCUUCCAGUCUGCUCUUUUAUUAUUUCUUUGCUUUGUGCUUUCAGAUAGCUCUAUGAAAGUUACUUCAAAAAGGACAAAAAAAACAAAAAAAAAACAAGGCUGACUGAAUUAAGGAGUGAUUCUUUGAAUGAGGCUUUGUGCUGAAUUACGCUGAUUAUGUGACUGAUUUUUGUUUUAGUGACCCACUCACUUUUUUGGCCUUUAAGCACAUCUGAGCAGCCCAGUAAUAAAACGUUCUGACUUUUGGGGCAUAGUUUGAGUUUCACCUUCAUUUGAGUAAUACUUACCUUAAAGGGAUAGUUCACCCAAAAAAUGCCAAUUCUGUCAUCAUUUACUCACCCUCCAGUCAUUCCAAACCUGUAUGACUCACUUUGUUCUUCAAGAAAUGGAAGUCAAUUGUCACCAAAACUGUUUGGUUACCAACAUUCUUCAAAAUAUAGGUUGAGUAAAUUACAGAGCUUUCAUUUUUGGGUGAAUUAUCUCUUUAAGAAGCCCUAAGCAAAAAAAUUAAAGGAGGAUAAGUUGAUAUUAAAAUCAUUUUGGAAAAAAAAGAAAAGAAAAAGAGAACUGCUGAGGCUUAAAUUCUACAAUGUGCUUAAAAUCUGCGUUAUUUAACUAAUAGUGUCACUUUAAUUAAUGAAAUGAUGUGUUUCUUUGUUCCAAGAUAUUGGAGCUUUUCAGAAAGUCAGUAUAGUCAGACUUAAUCGGGUAGGUUGGCGAGUGGAUGUUAUCUUUUCUGUUAAGCUGAGUUCAUUUUAAUAUAUAUUUUGUUUUAGCAGUGCUGAUAUUCCUGUGUUGUCCUAAGUCAAUCUUAUUUAAUCACUGAAGCAUUUGUUGUUUUAUUUGGGAUGCAGAGAGGCAUCUUUUGCACAGUUUCUUUUGCGUUAUAGCUCCAUGAAUUGAAAGCAUGUCCUGUGUUGUAAUAUCAUGAUUGAAACGUUCCUUUUCUGCUGCCUGGAGGCUGAUGAGUGCUGGCAUCCGUCUCUGAUUUGAAUUUGAUCUCAGACCGACUGACUCAGGAUCAACCAAUCUGGAAAAGAAAAAAAAACCACCGCCGACAAAUUUUGAUUUAGAUUUUUUUUCCACACCUGCAAGUCAUCCAUCUGUUCCAUUUUAUUUUGAGGACAAUUUACAACCGUAUCCCAUGAGGCUGAAAUGCACACAAGGAGCUGAUUUGUCAUUUUAUUGACCUGUAUGUAUUUUUACGGUUUGUUGGCCUAUUUAAAACUGAAUAAAGAUCUUUAUUAGAAUA